AUGUUACGACUACUCGAUGACACUAGCAAACAAAGGUGUGCAGAUAGUAUAUAUGCAUAUCCCAAAAAUUUGACUGCCAUUGAUCUCUCAAGUAACCAAUUCGAAGGAGAGAUUUCAGAAUCUAUUGGGAUUCUCGAGGGGCUUUACAUGGUCAAUCUCUCUAACAACAAUCUUAUUGGUCACAUCCCAUCUUCUUUUGCAAAUCUAACACAGCUCGAGUCACUGGACCUUUCUCAAAAUAAACUCUCGGGAAAGAUACCUCUGCAACUCACCCAACUCACCUUCCUUGAAAUUUUCAAUGUCGCUCAUAAUCAACUCACAGGGCCUAUUCCACAAAGAAGACAAUUUGAUACAUUUCAGAACAGUUCAUAUGAGGGGAAUUCAGGAUUGUGUGGAGACACUUUGUCGAAGAAAUGUGGACAUUUAGAAGCAUCACCACCUUCAAACUUUGAAGAAGAUAAUGGUCAUUCAUGGUUCCCAAUCAGUUUUACUGAUUGGAUUGUCAUAUGCAUGGGUUAUGGAGGUGGAUUAAUAGUUGAAAAUCUUACCAAAUUUGAGUUAUUGAGCAAGGAUGUCAAGGAGCAAUCUAAGAAGCUGAGAGAAAUAGAAAGCAUGAAUGAUGCCUUGAAAAAGGAAAGAGAUACCUUGAAGAUGGAGAAUGAUUUCUUGAAGAAAGAUGAUGAGCAAAAACAGAAAUUGCUUAAGGAGAACAAAUCUGAAAUUCAAAAUCUUCAUGACAAGGUAAAAUUCCUUGAGAGCAAGAUUAAGCUUGAUAAGAUGAUUAGUGUUGGUAAGCAUGUAGGUGAUAAAAUUGUUUUAAUGAGGCUUCAUCUAGUAAAAAGAGUCAAACUAUUUUUGUUAAACCUAUGA